AUGUACUCUUCAAAGCUAAAUAGCAAUCAGCAAGAAGCGUUGCUUAAUUUUCAAGCAAUAACUGAAAGUUAUGAUGCAGAUGUGGCAAUGGAAUUAUUGAAUAAACAUAAUUUUGAUGUAAUAUCGGCAAGUAAUGAAUUCAUGUCAAUGCCAAGAAACAAUUAUAAUUUUCAAGAUUCUAUGGUAUCUGAUGAUAUUCAGGACCCUCUUAUUCAAGAUUCAGCCUAUUCAGAAUCAAGCUGGGCUAUUAUAAGAUACGCAAAGUGAGGACAACAAAAAUUAGUCUCUGGCAUAAGCUGAGUGUUUUAUUUAGCUUAUAAUUAUUUUUACCCUCCAGUGAGGACAUCAGAGGAUGCUUCUGCAUUUAUCUCAAUUCUCAGCAAUUAUUCUCCAAGAGUUCCCUUUACCAACCUCAAACUCCAAGAAUCCCUAUCUGAAGCCCAAAAAUUACGCAAGCUGCUCCUCGUCUACAUUAAUUCUUUUACAGUCCCAAGCCAAUGGGUAGCCUCUGUUCUCUGCAGUCAAGAACUUACUUCAUUUCUUGAAAAUAAUUUUAUUUCCUGAGGAGUCGACCAAACUUCUCCAGAUGGUAGGGCAGCAAUUUUACUGUUUCAACUGACACAAUUUCCCUGCUUUGUUGUCCUAAAUCCUCAAGAAAUUAAUAACCUUCAUAUAAUCAAAAUCAUAAAAGUCCCAAUUCAGCUGAAUGCACUUCUUAAUGAGCUGGACCUAUGCAUUAAUGGAGAAAAUUCAAUAUUACUGAAUGGGGACUCAGAGCUGCAAUAUGAAAGAAAAAUAAGAAGGCAGCAAGAUUUAGAGCUAGAAGAAGCGGAAAGAAUUGUGAGAGAAAGAUAUCUACAAGAAGAAGCUAAAAGAAAGCAAAAAUUGAAAGAAGAGGAAGAAGAAGAAAAAAAGGAAAGACUGAGAAAAGAAGAAGCUAAAAGACAAAAAAUCGAAAAAAUUGGGCCUGAGCCUGAAAAUGGAGAUAAUAUUGCACAGAUUUCAUUUAGGCUGCCGAAUGGACAAAAAUGUGAAAGAAGAUUUUACGCAACACAGACAGUGGAAAUUCUUUAUGAUUUUGUUGAAACAUUAGACCUCUCGGACUUUGAAAUCGUCAUAAAUUUCCCACUCUUAGUCCUCAGCAAUAAAUCACAAACCCUAGAAAAUGCUGGUCUUUUCCCCAAAUCAGUCGUCCACAUCCGAGAAUUGAGCUAA